AUGACCGAAGGUCUUGGUGAAGAAAAGUACUUUGCCAUGCUUGGAAAUAUAAAAAAUUCUAUUCUACCAACAAGAGAAGAAACCCUAUCGCUGAUCAAGGAGGUCCAAAAGGUAUUUGAGUCUGAGCCAAAUAUUCUGCAUAUAGAUACCUCAGUCAAUGUCGUUGGCGAUGUGCAUGGCCAUUUCUAUGAUGUGUUGAACAUGUUGAGCCUAAUGGAGGAUCCAUCAGAAAAGACAUAUCUAUUUCUUGGAGAUUAUGUUGAUAGAGGAUACAACUCCGUUGAUCUUAUUCUUCUCCUGUUUCUAUACAAAAGACUUUACAAAGGCAAUCUGUAUCUGCUAAGAGGAAACCAUGAAACACGCAUGCUCUCCUCGGUUUAUGGAUUUAAGGAGGAGUGUGUGCGGAAAUACGACCUUGUUGUGUACUGGAGGAUUUGCGAAGCCUUCCAAUACCUUCCUGUUGCAGCAAUAGUCUUAAGGAAAUACUUCUGCGUACACGGUGGGUUAGUUCCUGGCAUGUCUUUAGACUUCAUAAUGAAACAUGACAGAGUAGGAGAGAUCACAGAGAUAAACGAUAUCUUAUGGAGUGACCCGGAUGAAACGCCUGGGUUUCGGAAGAGCCAAAGGGGUGCUGGAUAUUUAUUUGGAGAGGAUGUCCUGAAAAACUUCCUUAAUGAGCAUGGUCUAUCCCACUUUGUCCGAUCUCAUCAACUGGUUAAUGACGGUUAUAAAGCAUACUUUGGCGAGAAGCUGUACACUGUGUGGGGAGCCCCGAACUACUGCUAUUCUUCUGGUAAUAUUGCCUGUGUUAUGGCUAUUGAUGAGAGCGGCCAUGAUUUUAGAUUGUUUGAUAGAUGCGAGGAACAAUACAAAGAAAUCCCAAUGAGAUACGACUUCUUUAAUGGGUGA